ACCCUUAAAGAAGCUUUAAUAGGUUGUGAAAAAAUUAAUGGAAAACAUACUGGUGAAAAUAUUCGAAUCUCACAUGUAUCAUGUUGUGCUUAUACUCUUUAUCUUAGUGUACUUAAAGGUAUUGGCAUUGCUGAAAUAUUUAAAAAGUGGGUUAUAAAUCUUAUUUUAUAUUUUAGAGGUAGUCUUAAACAAACAGAAAACCUUAGAGAUGCUCAAUGA